AUGAUUUUAAGAUAAAUACACUUUCCAUUAAUGUCUUCAAUCAAGCAUGUUCUUUAUUUCCAAGCUGGACUUGGAAUCUUAGCCAAUACAUUUCUUCUGAUUUUCUAUAUUUUCAUAAUCCUAGGUCAAAGAUCCAAGCUCAUGGACCUGAUCUCCUGUCAAUUGACCUUUGUUCAUAUAAUUAUGGUCUUCAGUGGAUGGGAUAUUUGGCUUUCAGACAUAUUUGAGUUACUGAACAUUGAGAAUGACUUCAAAUGUAAGGCAACUUUUUACACAAACAGGGUGAUGAGAGGCCUCUCUAUCUGCAUCACCUGCCUCCUGAGUGUGUUCCAGGCUGUCACUAUCAGUCCCAGUACCUCUUUGCUGGCAAAAUUUAAACAUAAACUGAAAAAAUAUGUCAUCUAUGCUUUUUUCUAUUUUUGGUCUUUCAAUUUGUCAUUCAGCAGUAACCAGAUUUUCUCUGUUGGUGCUUAUACCAAUGUUAGUGAGACCAAACAGAUGAAAGUAACUAAAUAUUGCUCACUUUUUCCCAUAAACAUCAUCUUCAGAGGAUUGAUAUUAACAGUGACAACUUCCAGAGAUGUGGUUCUUGUAGGAGUCAUGCUAACCACAAGUACAUACAUGGUGGUUAUCUUGUUCAGACAUCAGAGGCAAUGCAAGCAUCUUCAUAGGAUCAAGCACCUGAGAACAUCUCCUGAGAAAAGGGCUACCCAGAUUAUCUUGCUGCUGGUUGUUUUCUUUGUGGUCAUGUACUGGAUAGACUUCAUCAUCUCAUCCACCUCAGUCUUGUUAUGGAGGUACAACCCUGUCAUCCUGACUAUUCAGAAGUUUGUGGUGAAUGCCUAUCCCACAAUUACUCCUUUGGUACAAAUCAGUUCUAAUAACAGAAUAAUCAAUAUGCUGAAAAACUUGUGGCUAAAAUGCCACCAGGCAUUUUAA